CCAAGCUCGUUCUUGAACAAGUCUCUUAGCCUCUUAGGGACUUAGUACCCUCCAGGAUGCAGCCUAAUGGUCACUCCUCAGAGACUCUCCCUGUACAACCAGCCUAACCCUUCUUCCUUCACUGCCCGUCACCGCAUCUGCUCUGCUUGAAUGUAAUAUCUGAAAACAUCACUCCCUGGCCAAAGCAAGCUCAGCUGUGUCUCCUAGGACAAUUCACAGCCCACCAUGACAGCCUGGACACUCCUGUUCCUUGCCUCUGUGCUCCUGGACACCCCAGGUCUUCCUUUCUCUGGGUGCAAUGAGCCAGCGCAAUGUGGCCCGUAUGAUGGAGAGUCAAUCGGCCAGAACCUGAUCCAGGAGGACCUCCAGGAUGCUCUGCUGACCAAAAGUCAGGGGAUGUUCAUCACCUGUGGACCUUGUAAAAGAAUAAUGGAGAAGUUGCUGACGCUGGUGGGAGACCAACUAGAUGAGAACACCAUCACACAGGCCGCGUCCCAGGUGUGCAGCAGGAUGUUGCUGUUAAAAAGGCCCUGUAGUUACAUCAUGAAAAAAUUUCUCCGUCGCAUCUCCCAGGACAUCAUAGAAGGCAAAAGUGCCCGUGACAUCUGUGUGGACCUCAAGAUGUGCAGACCUAAAGCAGGAGAAUAAAAUGUCAUGAAGGGGGCCCUCCUUGUUGCUACAGAAGGUUAAAGCACAGCACUAUGAAGCUAAAGCCACUUCAGCACAAGUUUGA